CGCUGUGUUCAUCUCCACGCCGCAGGUUUUGGGAUGACCACGCCGGUGACGGUGGCUGGAAAGGUGUUCCUCAUGGUUUAUGGCCUUUUCGGGUGUGCCGGGACCAUCCUGUUCUUCAACCUGUUCCUGGAGCGCAUCAUCUCGCUGCUGGCGUUCAUCAUGAAGGCGUGCUACGAGCGGCAGCUGCGCCGCAGCGGGCUCCUGCCGCCCAACCUGCGGCGGGGACAGCUGUGCCCAGCUGUGGGCAGCCUGGCGGGCUGGAAACCCUCCGUCUACCACGUCAUGCUGAUCCUGGGAAUGUUCGCCGUCACCCUGUCCUGCUGCGCCUCCGCCAUGUACACGGCCGUGGAGGGCUGGAACUACGUCGACUCCUUGUACUACUGCUUCGUCACCUUCAGCACCAUCGGCUUUGGAGAUCUGGUGAGCAGCCAGAACGCCGCCUACCAGCAUCAGGGAUUGUACAGAUUCGGSAACUUCGUAUUUAUAUUGAUGGGGGUAUGUUGCAUAUACUCCCUUUUUAACGUCAUCUCCAUCGUCAUCAAACAAGUUUUGAACUGGGUGUUGAAAAAAUUGGAAUGCAGUUGUUGCCCCAAGUGCCGUAAAUCGGGCUCCCGCCUCAGCCGGCGCAAYGCCAUCACGCCGGGGGCCCGUCUGCGCCGCCACAACGUCACCGUGGAYGCCGAGGGCCAGUACGACAGUGACACCGAGGGCAGGAGGCUCUCUGGAGAGAUGAUCUCCAUGAGGGAGCUCACGGCCUCCAGCAAGGUGUCCCUGGCCCUUCUGCAGAAGCAGCUGUCCGAGACGGCCAAYGGCUACCCCAGGAAUGUGUGCAUCAAUACGAGACAGAACGGCUUCUCGGCAGGGGUGGGGGCUCUGGCCAUCAUGAACAACCGCCUGGCAGAAACAAGUGAUUCUAGGUAGAGUUCUCGCAAUUCCUUUUGGUUCUUAAAUGGAAAUAAAAUGGGGGUCAGGGCAGAAUUUCCACUGUAAACUACUGGAAAGUUUUACAUUUCAGAGACAGCCUUGGUAUUCAUUGGUUCUUGAGCGUUUUACUUUCUGGAGGUUUUAUAAGUUUUCUCUAAUAUGCAGUGAGAUCUUUACCAUUAUGUUACAAUUUUCCCCUAAGGGGGUUUUAACUGUGACUUGGAUGUCUUUGGURCAGAAUCUGGUGCAAUUAUGAAAGGGUGAUGUGCAUGGUUAGGAUGGUGUCAAAACCAACGAGCUCUUCUUCAGAGCAGAGCCUGAACCCAGAAUCUGUGUUCCAAUGCAUAAAGCAGGCGAGUUGGGCUCCAGGUUCAAAAGGGGUCGGUAAGUUUUGGUUAAGCCAGGAUCUGACAGUUUGCUAAGUUUGGGUCUGGCCCUGAGCCUGUACUCAAUGCUGCUCAGCCRUUCCUCGUGUGUGACAAACACAGAGGUGGCUGUGUCACACCGGCCCYAGGGGGAUCCCUUCAGCAAUCCCACUGACUGCAGUGCCAGGGUGKGGAACAGGCUGAACUCACCCCGUACGAGCAGUGGGUCUGACAGACAGCCUGCCACCUCACUGAGAGUCAGGGGGUUAUCCAGGACCGUGUUCAAGUGUGCAGAGCUGUUCCUGCCUGUGAGUAACAGAAAACAGGCAAAUUCAUCYUCAGAGCUGACUGGAGUCAGUUUAAUGCAGGAGAAGCCAGUAUGCACAUCUGGUGUCAAAUGUUUGCAUCACCACAAAAAUGCUUAUUUCAUUGCUUUCCCAUUGAAAUGUCACUAAAAUGAUCAUAGGCUCUCUGUUGUCCUAAAUUUGCAUCUUUUACUUCUGCMAUAUUGUUGCAGAGAUUGGUGCAGACCAUUUCCUUGCAGUUCUUUGAGGACCCCCACCCUGUACUUGUUUCCCACAAAUCUGAUGGUGCAGGUUGUGCAGAAGAGCAUUGCUUUGGAGCUCCCCCAGAAACUGGCUUCCCCCAAAAUGUUGAUACCAAGUCAUAAACUGGUCUUCAGCUGUUGCUGCUGCCACCUUAAGCCAUAUUUCACCUGCACUAGCCCAAACCACUGAAGAACCAGAAGGAAACCUGGUCUAGCCUGGGUAGUUUAGCGUGACAAAAGGACUUGCUGCAAACCUCUUUCAAAAAACAUGCACAGCUCUGGAUCAUUUCUCUAUGUUCUCUCUACUACACUGUGAAGGUAAUAAAAAGGCUUCUGUUGAUCCCAAGCAAGAAACAAAACUUUACCUUAUAUUUUGAGAAGCCACCAGUGGACUUCUCCUGGAAGCUUUCUGGAAAAUUGUAAGCAAAACCAUUUGUAGUAGGUUGGCCACUGAAUAAAUUGAAAAAGAACAUGAAAGAAAACUAGGAGUACUAUAAGUGUUUGAAAACAUUUCUAUGAAGUUUCAYGUAGGUAUUUUGUUCUAUUUACUUACAUUACUUUGUUUUGCCUGGGUUUGGUGUAGCCAUCAUUUUGCUCUCUUUUACAUUUAUAGCAAUGAAAAUAUUUUGGAAUUUAACCAUGGAAAAUUACCUUUAAAUUUGAGGUUUUGGCCACUCGAGCCUGCUAACUGAAUGCUGGCAGUGGAUGUGUCUUUUUCCUAACAACAAGGAGUCAGARCAGCAGAUAAACCAUCACACAUGGUCCUUAGCACACCGUAAAUGUCACRGCUUUAAUCGAGAUGUGUCUGGCCAGAAGCAAGCAGUGAUGGUUGUAAUGCAUUUCCAGCUGGCACAGACUCACCCUGAAGUUCUGUGUGUGGUAGGGGCCACAUCCAAGCAAGCAGGAGCUUACCUGAUGGGAGAGAGUCCCCAAGGUCCGUGUGUCAGGGUGCCUUCCUGUUCCUCUCUGGACAGACUGCAAGGGUGCUCGGUGUCCCUUGGAGGCUCACAGAGGGAUAAAUGUACACAGAAUGUGCAGGGACAGGGCAUGGUCUGGAAAGGACUCUGCUGGAAGGCUCAGUGCUGGAAGGUGCCUGCCAGAGAUGCACAGCCAGGGAAACAGUGACAGUUUGUUAUUUUCCCUUGGGAUUACCCCAUGGGUAAAUCCUUGUCUGUGAUGAUUGAUGUGUUUGUUUAUUAAAAAUGCAAAUGGGACCCUGCUCUCUUUUUGCAGCCAGACCUCUCUUAGGGUUGUGCCUUGGUGCAUUUGUCAUCACGGGGACUAUUGCUCAUCAGAACUGUGUGAGGUGCUGCAUAAAUCAGGGCAGCUGGGCUCUGUCCCAAAGGACUUUGGAGUUUGAGCAGAUAGGACCUCAAGGCUCAGCAGAGCUACCUGUUUAUAAUUUCACUCAUAAAAACAUGUUCAAAUGCAUCAGCAAUCUUUGAGCUCAAGAACUCUUACAGUAACAAAGUUGCAGAUUAAGGGGGAUUUUUUCAGUGAGUUGUUUCUAAAGGAUAUUUAUUAAUAGUAAAUUAUUAAUUUAUUAAUAUUWAAUUUAUUAAUAUUAACUACAAUUAGGAUCCUAUUUAAAUUGUAAAUUUCUGAAUUGUUUUCAAACUACUUAAUCCAGCCUGGGAAAUACAGUGAAGUAAUAKGAAAUGGUACAUACCUCCUCUAUGAUUUUUCUGAGUCCAGGCAAAGGCAAGCAGUCCUCUGUACCAUGAUUUAAAUGUUUUCAGGUCUUUCGGUACCAUCAGUCCCAGGGGUGCCUUGGCAGUUCCUGUUGACCCCGGGGGAAGUUGGACCAACUCCUGAGGCUGGGCUUCCCCGGGGAUUUGGGGAUCAGAUUGCUGCUCUGUUCGCUCAGAUCUGAUGUUUGCUUACUCCCAGGGUCCUUGAUAAUCUCCAUUCUGCCUGUCCUUAGCCUCAGAGGCGUGGGAGGUUAUUUGCCAGUGCCCCUGUUGCAGGACACACAGGAGCUGACCAAAGGCAACCACAGGGCCCCCAGGYCAUAUCCAAGUCCUGAGAAAGUCCCCAGACCCAUGUGGCUCAGCAAAGCUCAGUUUGUGGGAGGUCAGGGCACAGUUCCUGAGCUGGGUCUCACUGGGGAGCAUCUGGCCAAGGGAGGCCUUACAGAUCCCUCAUACUGAGCAGCAGAAGGAUUUUUGCAGGGUGCAUGGAAASCAAGCUCCAGAUCUGUGUCCUGCAGCCCUGCCUGGCUGCCCAUCACCCCGUGCACGAGUGCACCAGCCAGCAGAGCACAGCACCUUUGAGGCCCUCGUGCUCUUUAGCUUUUUUUUAUUUCAAUAACAGCUCCUGUUCCAACUUGCCAGUCUUGGGCACUAACUCCUGUUGUAUUGUGUGUGGUCCAGCUCGGGUGCCCCAGGGCUGUCUGCUCCAUUUGGGAAUUAACCCCUAAACCAGCUGCACCUAGUGCAAUUCCUCCUGGCAUUUCAUUUUCACAGAGAAAGCAGAAACCAGCAAUACCUGGACACAGGCUGAAGCACAAGAAAACAGAAGGAAACAGAAGGAGCAGAGUGGGACAGUGAAAGCACACUGCACUAGAUUGCACUUUCUUUUCUGGUGACUUGGGAGUUGUGUUACAUUCCUGAAAUGGGCACUUAUUUCAAAUUUUCUUCUGGGUAGCCUUGAAGGAUGCAAUKGGCUUGGGUUUUAAGAGUUCCUCUUCCCUGGCGUGCCCCUGUGCCCCCUGUGAGGAGCAGCAGUGACUCCAGGCUGGCACACACAGGAUAGCCCAGCUGAGCCUGGGUUAGCACAGAGCUGAGCACAGAGCUGAGCACAGAGCUGAGCACAGAGCCUGUCCCACAGACUGGGCUGGUGCUGCUGAGCCCAGCCAGGGGCAUUUGGGAACUGCAAAAAGCUGCAGGAAUGAGGACCUGUCUGUGAGCCAGCCCUGGGGAGAGCAGCAAUGGCACAGGUGACAGCUGCUGGACAGAGGACAUGCCUGUGCUAACAUCUUCUAGGUGAAAAUCAGCAUUUGGGUGAACAUUAAUGAGCAGCAAUGGCCAAAUUCAAGUGACACCUUCUCUUAACCCUGGAGCUCAGGGCAAAGCAGUUACAAGGGACAGUUUCUUGUGAAACCUGUAGCAUUUGACAAGUCACUACUUUGGCUUCACAGGGUCUGUCUUUUCUGGGUGUCUUGGACAAGGUUUGGGGUCACACCAGGAUGGCAUCUGGUUCCACUGGUUCCUCCCAGCUGUGACACGACAGUCACUUUGUGCAGAGCAUUCCCGUGUGUUCCCAUGCAGUGCAGAGGAUGUCCCUGAGGCCAGGCAGAUGUUCAGAGGGGUCUCGGUGAACCCGGCCGCAGUGCCCAGGGACGGGGCUGUGCUUUGCUGUCCCUGCAGGAGCAGCACGAGUGCCACCAGUGRCCCCGUCACUGCCAGCAGGGCACACCACGGCUCUGGGGCACUCACCAGCUCUCAGAGCAGCUGGCAUUUCUGCUGGGAGAGGGAAUGUCUCUAGAGCUGUGUGUGACUGCCCUGUGCUGUGCUCAACUUGCCCAGAAAUGCCCCCGUUGGCACAGUGCUGCUGUCCCAGCACAGCCUCAGCYCUGGCCUUUGGUCUUUUCCUCUCUCAGCUUGCUGUGGGUGAAUAUUUGGGUGUACUAUGACCAUUUACCCAUAUUUUAGUCAAGUCUUGCUUCUUUCUGGCUGAAAGGAAGACUUUAGCAGCAGUGGAGGUCAUACAGCCAGGCAUGUGGGCUCAGUAUAAACCYGAUUGCCUGCUUGGGAUGAGUUUGUAACUAUAUGGAAAUGAGCUCCAGCAAUGAGACCAUUCUCACAUUUUAGUAUUUUUCUAGCUUUUCACUUUAAAAAUAUUCAGUGGCAAAUCAUGGCAGUGAAUGUUCAGAGCUAAUCUCAGCAAAAUCAUAUUUUGCCAAUUGCUGGCCUGGCAAAUGUGUGGGCAUGGCUUCUGCUCGAAUUGGGUUACUGAUGUGCCUUUCCAAACCAACACACAUUUGCAGUGUUACAUUUAAAUAAUACAAUAAAUGCUGUGUUACGUCAUAAAUUCUAUCAGGACAAAUUAGUACUGGACUCACACAAAAUAACUAAUGAAGUGUGCGUUGCACAUUGUACGGCCAAUAUKCAAUUUCUUUUUUUGAGAAUAUGUCCAUAUGUGGACUCAAAUGUGCUUUCAUGAAUGCUCAGAAAAGAGAAGCACUAAUCUGUGGAAAAUGAAGGAAAGUUGGACAAUUCCACUGAGAUUUGAUGCAAAGGCUGUUCGUGAUGCAUUAUAAAAAUGCUUUGUGGCAGUGACACUGAGGAAGGACUACUUUAGUUUACGUGGCCACAGUCUGAAUGCAGCCACCAAUAAAGAYACAUGCCCCUUUUCUUUCUCCCUUUGCUAAAUGGGUAACAUCCACCCUUUAAUUACAAUAUCUCAUUAAACUCGACGAGAAAAUGCGAUUGCCCUGAAUUUUGCGUAGGCAAAAAGAGGUCUAAGGUUAAAUGCAAACUUUGAGCUCUAAAGAUCCAGAGCGGUGCAGUUUAGCUUUGAAGGGGGGCUGCAGGSACACAGCCUUCCGAUGCAUUGUGCUUAGUCCUUCCCUGGAAAAAAAAGAGGGAAUAAAUAUGGAUGCAGUUUAUUGCAGAGUACCGGGUGAUUUAGCAUGAGGGAAAAACCGCAGCAAGUGUGCUGUUAAUGAGAAAUGAGAAGGGCGGGGAGAGGGAGAGGCUUGGGAGUGUUCUCCAGCAAAUGCAGCAGAAAACCAAAGACUUGCUUUGCAUUCCUUUGUGCAUUUGGCAUUCCUCAUCCCAGAGUGGUGACACUGCCCCCGGAGCUCCCGUGGGCUCGGCUGUGCCUCUUGUGGAACACGGAGAGAGGUGUUGAGUGAGACAGGGACAGACAGGGACAGACAGGGGCAGAUGGGGACAGAUGGGGACAGAUGGGGCAGACAGGGGCAGACAGGGACAGAUGGGGACAGA